GCCGUAAUAUGUACUUAACUUGACAUUACGAAAAUACCUGUCAGCUGUGAUAAAUAUAUGUUAAAAAGUAUAAAUUAAAAAAAAAAUAUUCCCAUUAUUUGCUUAUCAUACUUACUUAGAUACAGUGAAAAUUAAAAAUUCAAAAAAAAUAAUUUUUCAGUUGACAAAAAUGAUAUGCAGGCUCUGUUCACUUGAAACAAAUAAUUGCUUUCAUUUCUUUGAAGCAGAAGGUCGUAGUUUAAAUGCCGUCACAAUAAUUCGGAAACACUUUUGGUUCGAACCAAGGGAAAAUGAUAUUAAAUCCUUGUAUAUAUGCAGAAAUUGUUGGUCUAUAGUAGAUAGCUUUCACAGUUUAUAUAUCACCGUUGAAAAUUCGCAAAAAGAACUUGAGAGUAUCAGUAAUUUCACAAGUAUAAUUCAAAGUAAUGAUUUUGGACUCAAAUGUGAAGUCAUUGAAAUGAACGAGUCAUUGAAUAGUGAAGAAAAAAUUGACAAAGACUCAUUAUCAAAUCCAGAUUUUCGACAAGAUAUGUUAAAUGGCUCAGUUCAAGAUUCUUUAAAGUGUGAAUCAUAUGAUAAUAUUAAUGAGAAAAUAGAACGAACUACAGUUGAAUUGAAACUAAUACCAAAUGAAAAAAAUGUAUUUGAGGAGCUCAAAUUUGGAAGCAAACUAAAAUCUAAACGUAAAUGUGGAAAACAAUUACUCAAAGAAACAAAAUCUAUUAAUUCAGAAAUACUUAGACAAAAAAAAUCUGGUGAAGUAGUUUCGGACGAAGAAAUCUUUAAAAUGAAACGAAUAACGUGUCAUAUAUGUACAAUUGAAAUACCAACGUUUUUGGAAUUAAGGAAGCAUUUUGCAGCAGUACAUAAUGAAGAGGGCUAUGCAAUUUGUUGCGAAAAGAAAUUUUAUAAGCGCUACAAAUUUGUGCAUCACCUAAAAAUGCAUUGUUAUCCUCACGAAUUUAGAUGUCCCCAUUGUGAUAAGCAACUAGGCAGUAAAAAAUAUGUUACCCUCCACAUCAAAAACAAGCAUACUCUAGCAGAAAAAGUAAGAAAAUAUAGCUGUGAGAUUUGUGGAAAAUCAUUUGCACAAAAAGGAAUCUUAGUUCGGCACAUGUUAACACACGUCCCAGAAAAUGAGAAACAGUUUCUUUGUGAUCAAUGUGAAAAAACUUUCCCAACGCAGGGAGUUCUUCGUACACAUAAAAUAACAGUACAUGAAGGCCGUUAUGGAGGAAUAUGUGCCCUUUGUGGUAAAAAAUAUCAAAAUCCACAGGAUUUAAAAAGACAUUGCUUGGAACAUGAAGGAAUUUCUGAACCAAAAGCCCAAUGUGAAGUUUGUGGAGAUUGGUUAGCCAACAAAUAUAAAUUAAAAAGACAUAUGAUAAAGCAUAAUACGGCGCAUUUGGAACAUCGAUGUCCACAUUGCAAUAAAUCAUCUCCUAACGAAAUAGCUUUGAAAAGCCACAUUAAGUUUGCACAUAAUGAAAGUAAUAAAAUUCAUAAAUGUAGUGUAUGUGAAAAAGCAUUUAGAAGACGAAUAGAUUUAAAAGAGCACAUGACAGUGCAUACCGGAGAGCAUUUGUACACUUGUCCGCAUUGUCCCCGAACAUUUACUCAUCAUUCUAACGUUCACCAUCACAGAAAAAAAAUGCAUCGCAAAGAAUUUGAUGAAGAACGUGCAAAAAGGAAAUCUAAUAUGGCUUCGCGGGCAAAGAAAUUUUCUCUGCAAAAGGAACAUGAAGCUUUGGAACAAAUGUUGCGACUGAGCGUCUAUUUUAUUUUUACUUAGAUUUUAAAAAUAAAAUGCCUGUCUGGUAUUAGAAAAUGUUUAAAAACUUUAUAAAACUUGAAAAAACUACAAAGUUUUUUGUAUACAAAGCAUCUAGUAUAAUAUUUUUUUAACAAAAAUGAGCGAAAAUAACAUUCUUGUUUUAUUUUCUUAAUGUUCAAAGUUUUUUCAAGUUUUAUAAAGUAAAAUUUAGUGUUUUAAAAACUUUAAAAUCUUAAAACUGUCAAAGCAUGUUUUCCUGGUUAUGCCAGGUUUUAUUUUUUUAAAGAAGAGAUAAGAUAUAGUGAGAGUUCACAGCUGAGGAAUUUAUGCGUAUUCUUAUGAGACAACGAAUUAGAAAUACUAAAGGAAAGAGCAUCUUGAAAAAACAAUAAAACUAAUUUUUUCUUUCUUUGACUUGAGCAAUGUCAAAGUCGAAACAGGAGCGUAUUUAUUUUAUUGACUAGCCUCUACAAUAAAAUAUGUGUAAUUUAUAAGAAGGAUAAGUUUAAAAAUUUUUUAAAGUUGAAACUAAAAAAUAUUGCAAAUUUUUUUUCAUUUUAGAUAUCUGUAAAAGAAAAAAACAGAUUUAAAUAAAACUCAU